AUUGCUGAUCAGAUCACCAUAUUAUAAGGUCCUUUAUGACAGUGUUUUUAGGUUUUUUAAGAUUUGUUUUAAAAUAAUGAGUCAUGAAGGUUUGACCCUCAAUGAGAUUAAAUCAGAUACAACUUUCUAACUUUCUAUUUUUAAUUCUUCUAAGCAAUAUUUUGGGGAGUAAAAUGUUUAUAUUCAAUGACAUGAAAAUACUGUAACAUUAACUUAUUUUUAUUUAAAAAAAAAAGUCUGAUAUGAUCUUAUAAUUCCAAGGUCUUGAUUUGCUUGUUAAAACAUGAUCAGUGCUUAUAUUUUAUGGCACUAUGUUUUGAUGAACAAUUUUGACCAACGUAUAAACUCAAACUCAAAUUAAUUUUCAUUUUAAAUUUACCCCAAAAUUAUUUAAAAUAAAUAAAUCACAAAUAAUGAAAAAGCAACAGCAGGACACAUUCAUAGCUCUGCUUUAACCUCUGUGAAUCAUCGCUCUCUCAGGUAAAGUCCAUUCUUUCUCUCUCAGUGCAACACACAGAGUAUAUAAAUCAGCUUUGGGUGCACACAGGUGUAGACACUCACUCAUUACCUGCUCACUCUUCAUGACUCCUCUAUUAUUUUUUAAAAAUAAAAGAACAAGAGCACAAUUUAGUAAGUCAUUGAUUUACUCAUACAUUUUCACUUAUAUAUUUCUCCUGUACCAAAUCCCUAAAGGAGCUUUGCUUGAACAGGUGCUACUCCAUCAGACUCUAGAGAGUUCUAUAACCCCUUUAAUUACCCCUUAACCCUGUCCCAUUUAACCUCCCAUUUUGUUCGGCCCUCCUCCACUAUUUAAAGUCUUCGCCAGCAUCUUUGUCCUCCCCAGCCUCAGGACCAGGUCACCACUGCGUGGCAUACUUAACAUUCACUGCAGCAGGAGAACUGAAGUUGUGGACAUGUCAAUUGCUAAGACAGCUGCACAGGCUGUGCUGUCUGAUGCCCUGCUUCAGAACAGUAAUGUAGACAACCGCAUUCGUCACCUGGAACUGGAGCUGCCCUUAGACAAACUCAUCAAAAUUGUAUCCGUGGGACUUCCUCUAAUGCUGGUGUCUUUGGCAUUUGCUCGAGAGAUCUCAGUUGGUGCACAGGUUAGUUGUUUUCCUCCCAGCAACUUCACAGCGAAGCAAGCUGCGUAUGUAGACACAUAUUGCUGGGAUUCACUGAUGCACCAUGAGUUUGAUGCAGAUGGAAACUCUGAAGAACGUUCACUGUGGGUUCAUAAGAUGUUCCCCUACUCCCUGCUGAUUAUGGCAAUGAUGAUGUACCUUCCAGCUCUGAUCUGGAAGUUCCUGGCUAUGCCAACCCUGGGCUCCGAUCUGCUCUUUAUAAUUGAUGAGCUGGACAAGUCUUACAACCGCUCGGUGCGCUUGGCUCAGAGCAUCGUGGAGCUUAAACAGAAUACAGACCCAUAUGAAUUUCAGGCAGAGUUGCAUAGAGCCAAGAGGAAACGUUACUUUGAGUACCCUCUGCUGGAGAGAUACAUGCAAUACAAGCAUGGCUCCUACUUCCUGGUCAGCAUGCUGUUCCUGCGUGGCUUCCUCUUGCUUACUUUCAUGUCGGCUUCCUGUCUCUACCUGGUCUACUUCCACCUCUCAGCCUUCCUUCAAGAUGAGUUCAGCUGCUUUAUGCGUACUGGGAUCCUCCAAGACCAGGUCUGGGUUCCCACGCUGGUGCAGUGCAAGAUCAGCGGCCUGAUGGUGUUUCAGGUCAUUAGCAUAGCUAAUGGUGCCAUCUACGUGCUGCUGGGGCCCAUUGUCCUGUUCAGCCUGCUGCGCCUUUUCUGCUGGGACACCAGCUUCCUCUCGCUGUAUGAGGUGCUUCCUGCUCUGGGGCUCAUCAGUGGUCAGAAACUAGGCUGCCCGUUGAAUGACUUGAACGUGCUUCUCCUCUUCCUGCGCACUAACGUGACACAGCUGCACUCGUACGGUCGACUCAAGGCCUUGUGCUCGCUAGCGCCGCCUCAUUUGCGCAGGGGUAAGGGCAUGCUGACAGAGGAGCAGGUUGAGGAAGCUGCUGAAGCAGCUGAGGAGCUGGAGGAGGAGAUACAGGAGGCCCGAGAAGAGGGCAAACACAAUCUAGUGGACAUCAUGACCAUGCUUGGGGCAGCCAGAGGGAAUGUAGUGAACUGCCCUGAGCAGCGCCCUCUGGUGGAGGAGAACAUGACACUCGGUACAGUUAGUCUCAUCUGUCUACUCAAGAGCAUCCUGAUAUUGGGCAUAAUUGUGUAUAUCGUAUGGGAUGUUCAGAAAAUAAUCAAGUGAUCUCUCCCUCAUGGCAUUAUUACGGCAAGACUUAAGAGAAAAUGGUGCUCUUUAUUUAGCCUAGAUUUAAAAAAGACAGGUUUGAACAGUGAAUACACUUACACAUCAUGAUAUUGAUCAGUGUGAAUAUACUGCAGAGCACUUGUAAAUGUAAAUAAAAUUAUAAGCCAUGAAACAGUGAACCACGUGCAAAAUUUCCAUCAUUUGUAUUACCUUUUUUGUGUAAUUUCCACUAAUAAGUAAACAUGAGUUUUAAUUUUUUUCAGUGACACAUAAGUUUGAACUAAUUUUUUUUUUAAAUGUAGUACACAAUUUGGAUUAAAAAUUCUAAAGGAGGCUUUAGAAGAAAACAGUUCAUGGUAGAUUUGAUUCCCCUAACAGCCCUCUCUGUCU